AUGUCGCUUCUGAGGAAAUUCGCAAACGGCCCGAGGGUUGCCCUGGCGGUUCCUCUGGUCAUAUCGCUCUUCCUCGUCACGUACUGCGUGUACGUCUCCGGCCUGUCGACGUUUUCUUUCCGGACGGGCGCGCGGGUGGCGGGGUGGUACGGCGACAGGAACCGGAUGCGGAACCUGCGGAAGCCCUCUGGGACUGUUCGGAAUUUGGUGGACAACGGCGGGUGGCUGGACGAAGUUGUCUGGCUGACCAACACGGACGACAAAGACGACCUCGAGUACUUGGAAGAAAUCAUCGCCAGCAACCCGAAGCGAUACAAGAAGCUGAGUGUCCCCGGCGAGACGCUGUCGAUCUAUACGUUGUACAAAGCAUGGGAGCUCUUGGAGCGUGGAAGGUACUACGUCAAGAUUGAUGACGAUAUCGUGUGGAUGGCGGACGACGCGAUUCCCCGUGUGGUCACUCGCAAGAUGCAACACCCCCACGACUUCGUCGUCUCGGCCAAUGUCAUCAACAACCCCCCGCUGGGCUUCAUGCACUACCACCUCGGGGCACUCCACCCAUACUUCCCCGACGUCGAGGCGCCGGCGGACAGCAACAGCGACACCAGCCUCGUCUCAUGGAAGCCGUCCCAGCAGCGGCCCUGGAGCGGCCCGUCCAACUACACCUGGCCGCUGGACCGCGACCCGCCGCACAAGAACCACCGGUGGCUGCGCGUGCGCAACGACACCAUGAUGGAGCAGACGCCCGCCGCGCAGCUCAAGUACGAGCUCUGGGGCCCCAGCUACGACAGCUGGGCCAUCGCCACGCAGAUGCACUACUCGCUGCUGGAGAACGUCGAGGAGGACGGCCUGCACGCGUACAAGUUCCGCCCGCCGUGGGACAUGGGCGGCGAGCGCAUCCGCAUCAACUUUAUAUGCGUCUACGCCGACGACGUCCUCGACACGGACCCCGCGAACUGGACCAAGGACAGGGGCGACGAGGAUAUGCUUGUCAUUGACCUGCCCGCGAAGCUGCGCCGCCGUGAGUACUUUACCGGAUAA